GGACUCUAUGUGUUAUGCUGCACAACACCCAGCACAGCAAGACGAGGAAUCUCACUAUAACCACUAUCACAAACAGGCUAAACGGAGCAUGAUUGGUCCCAUGCCUUUGGAGGCUUUCUUCAUGGAUAGGGACUUGUGCCCCCUUCCUUCGGAAAAGCCCCUCUCUGAUAACAUGCGGAAGAGGUUCAAGGAUGCCGUUGAGGGCAUAAAUGAGACAACGACUGUGGAAGACAUUGGCCGCAUUCUUGUAAGUGUAUCACACACAUCAAUUAAUGGAUACAUGUUUUAAGCAAAGGGCUGGAGUCUGCUGCAUUGAACAAUGCGGAAUGUUGGAAAGAUUUCACAUUCGCCGACACCCAUGAUCCUGCGUACGAGGAGAACUAUGGUGCUUGCGAGCCAAAUAUCUGUGCCUUUUCGAGAGAAACGCUGGGUAAAACGAAACAGAUUCCCCCGCCCACGGACUCCUCAGCCAAACUCGCCGACAAAGACGGGAAAUUGACGGGAAAGGCGAUGUUUCAGACGGCAGACUUCGUCUUUAACAUCAAAACAGGACUUGACCCUUUCCGCGAUCCUGAGGCAGGCGAUGAUCUGUCGAAAUUUGAUCUUUUUAGAAAAUCCAAAGCCGAGAAUGACAAAAGGCAAGCCAUACAAUGUGUUGGACAACUCGUUCAAUAUUCUGCUCAACUCCUUGCCCAGCAACACCGCACAUCCUGCUUUAUCAUCUUGGUGUGUGGCCGCAGAGCUCGUUUCAUCCGGUGGGAUCGCGCUGGAGCCAUGGUAACUCGCGCUUUCAACUACACAAAGUCGGAUUAUCUCCUUGAAUUCCUAUGGCGCUACGACCAAGCCAGUGACACCGACCGCGGAGUCGACACAUCUCAUCAUCAAGUCACGUCAGAAGAGGAACAAGCCUUCAAAUGCGCUAUUGAGAAGCACAUUGAGUUACAGUUCUUCGACACCCCCGCCGAGACAACUGACCGGGUACUGUUCUCAACGCAUCUUGAAGAGCACUAUGAGCCAGGAAACGUCACGAAAAUGGAUGUUUUUGAUGAACUUUCCAAAUCGACGAAGCAAUAUCUCGUCUCCAAACCCUUUGUAUCGCCUGAAAACGCAACAGGCCGGUGUACGCGCGGCUACUGGGCCGUGGAGGUAAACGAUCCUGAUCUUAAAGUAGUCUUUAUCAAAGACACUUGGCAAAUAUGUGAGAAGGGCGAGCGAAGGGAGGACGCCGUUUACAGGUCUUUGAAUGGGAACAACGUAGCUAAUGUGCCUACAUUGUGCGCUCACGGUGAUGUUAGGCAUAGAAAUGGUUCUCAAAGAUACCAACGCACUGUAACUCAAAAUUACUUGGAUG